AAUGUUGGCAGCAGUGCGGUAGACAUUGUGUGUUAAGUCUCCACUUCCGUUCCGUUCUUUUUGGUGUAGAAUAAAAUCUGUAAAGAUGGGUCGUAUGCACGCUCCUGGUAAGGGUAUUUCCCAAUCAGCGCUUCCCUACAGGCGAACAGUGCCAUCAUGGCUGAAAUUGAAUGCCGAAGAUGUGAGAGAACACAUCAAGAAAUUGGGCAAGAAGGGUAUGACUCCGUCUAAAAUUGGUAUUAUUCUUCGUGAUUCGCACGGUGUUGCGCAGGUGCGCUUUGUCAAUGGCAAUAAGAUUCUGCGUAUCAUGAAAUCCGUUGGCUUGAAACCCGACAUCCCCGAGGAUUUAUACCAUAUGAUCAAGAAGGCUGUUGCCAUCCGCAAGCAUUUGGAGCGUAAUCGUAAAGAUAAGGAUGGUAAAUUCCGCUUGAUUCUGGUUGAAUCCAGAAUCCACAGAUUGGCACGCUACUAUAAGACAAAGAGCGUUCUGCCACCCAACUGGAAAUACGAAUCCAGCACCGCCUCCGCAUUAGUUGCUUAGAGCAUACCACGGGAAUUUCGUAGGGAUGUCUUUUGUUUUUUAUAUUUAAAAAGAUCAUAAAGCGUGAAAUAAAAAAAUGUAAAAUAAUA